CUAGGAUGUCUUAGAAACCCGGCUUAUGCUCUCUAUCAGCUUUGGGUGACCCCCACUCACCGAGCCAGCCUUUAAACCAAUCCACACACCACCACGACCACUACGACCACUACUGACGCGUGAUGCUCUUUAUGGAAAUCAGCUUGGAGAUGAUUGUAGUCUGAGCCUUCCACGGCUUAGCCUUAGCCCUUGGAUGGCUUGGAAUUUGGAAGAGAGCGCCUCCGCUCACGAGCUCGAUCAAGGUUCCUAAGAGCUACAUACAUACCUUUCCCGCUGGGUCCCCCUCUUAAGCAUGACCACCAUCUUCGCUUGCUUAACCGAUCCACAAGGCAACCUUCUAAUCCGACCGGUGACUAACAUAUUGCUGCACACCUUCUGCCCACCUUCUGCCUAGUGGUAGUAUAUAUAUAUAUUACCAUUUCGCCGCCCUUGCGCUUUUCUCUCCUCUCGUGCCCUCUUUUGUGUUUCACGAUCUGUCGCUUUUCUCGUUUCGAGGUGGAUGGCUGGCUGGCUUCAUUAUUUCCACCUCUAGGAUAAAUUAGUAUCUGGGCCGGCUCGAGCCUGGCAACGUUCGUUGAUAACAUAAGGCUUUCUCUUUAGUUUCCUUCAAGUUGUCAACGUGAUUCUCUAGGAAUGAUCGCGCCGUAGGAUCCGAUCUUUAUCUCUACAUCCUUUAUUCUUCAACCUCAACACCUCUAAUAAUUUACUACUAUGCCUUUGUUGCCGACUAACAUUCCCACCCGGGGACAACCGGAGACGACUUGGCCGCCAAGCCCGAGUCGCCUCCCCCCGUCGUUGGAGGAUGAUACAAACUAUGACACCAACUCAACAGACGAGGAUGAAUUUGACGCUCAUUGGUCUCAUGAAAAUCCUAUGAUGUAUUUUCUUACGCCGCCGACCCCGAAAGAGGAGGAACUUGAAUUCGAUUUCGAGUUUGACGCCGGGAUCGAAGACUCAAAUCGGCCUAGAGAGAUCAUUCGUACCGUUUCCCCGUCCACUCUUGAUGGUCUUAGGAAAUACAAACCCAAGGACAAAUUAGCAGACUGCGCUGUCCUAGAUGACGAAGAUGAUAGCGAUGACGAGGAGGACUAUAUCCGAUUUCACCCUCACGGUCACACGUCUCUGCCGUUCGGGUUUGAAAAGUUCUUUGACCAGACGAGACCUACUUCUACAAUAACAUCUCAAACUACGGAGGCUUUACUAUCACCCGCCUCAUUUCACGUCGGAUCACCAAGCGGGCGUCCAUCGAGGCGUUUCGCACCACCGCGGCGAUCUCUCCGAGGGAGAUCGACCACCCAAUCGCUUCAACGACGUCAUUCAUGGCGUGAACCAAGCCCCGAUGUAUACUCCAUCGAGGAGGAGCCGGAAAAGGAAACGAUGAGUGAGAUGGGCUUAAGCGUCGAAGACCUUAUUGAUGGUCACGAUGGAAAGACGCAACCAAUAGAUAUACCGGCUGCAAAGCCAAGGAAGAAGGUUAGGUUCGUGUUACCGGUUAAGGAUUAAUAGCAUAUUUCAUUCGAAUCUACAUCGUCUCAAGGGGGAAAGCGGGAGGAUCAAAUCAGCAUACGAGCAUACAUGCAUACAAAUGGCGUCGUGGUUUCUUGCAUUUUCUUCAUUUCCGUUACAAUCAUGGUUGCAUAUCUAAGGUGUUGGGCAUAUCUAGCAUUGGCUUUUCGGAUUAUUUUGGGUCUUAGGGGGUGUUGCUUAGGGAUGGAAGCUCGUAAGGAGAUUCAAGCAGAUGACAAACUCAAACUAAUUUACCUCACUACCUACCUACAUACUAUUCAAAAUUUCCCCUUCCUUCUUCGCGUGAAUAGAUUUCUAAGAUUCUCAAUCA